AUGACAGCCAAUGUGAGUACAGAAAAAGUACAAUUUCUAGAUGUGGAAUUAUCCGUGGAAGAUCACAGAAUGGUCUAUUGCCUCUACUCUAAACCUACUGAUAGAAACACCAUAUUACACUACAACAGUGCACAUCCAAAAAAUUUGAUCAAGUCUAUACCUAAAGCUCAAUUUCUUAGGGUCAUGAGAAAUAAUUCAAAGGAAACAACGAAACGAAUACAAUUACAAGAAAUGAAAAUGAAAUUUCUAGAUAGAGGGUAUAGUGAAAGAGUCUUAGAUAAAGCGUUGGAAGAAGCAGAAGAAAAUGCGACCACGCUACAAGACAUCACAGAAGGCCCCAAAUUGUUUUUUCCCAUGACAUUUCACAGUAAAUCACAGAAAAUAAACAACAUUGUGAAACGUAAUUGGAAUAUGUUGGCGUGUGAUAAUAGUCUACCAAAAGAAUUCAAGCAAUCACCACGAAUUUGCUAUCGAAGAAAUAGAAAUUUAAAAGAUAUAUUAAUGAAAACAGACCCCGUGGAGAGCUACACUGAACAGAAGAAAACACAA